CAUCAUUCAGUUGAAAAAGUUUUGUUAAUGUGCAUGGUUGGUUGGUAAACGGAAAAUAUCGUAUUACGGGCUUCCAGUUGAACCACAUAAAAAUAUCCAUAAAAAUUGUGAACAAGUGUUUUAUGAAAUUUUAAUUGGACAGAGAAAAUGAAAUCGUUUGCCGCGUUGUUAAUUAUUUGCAAUUUAUUGACAAAUGCUCGAACGGAAACAGGAGAAUUCGAAAAACUAAUUGUACCAGCGACUUACAAAUCACUCGAUCCCGAUAAAGGCACAGCCGGAAUGGUGAAUGCCAGUGGUUCGGGCCACUCGCUCUCGGCUCGUUCCUAUUACGAUAAUGGGCAAACAGAGUGCUCCCUGGGGACUGAAUGUACCCCCCUCCACGACUGCACCGCCAUGAUCUAUGAGGUGGCCAAGAAUUGCUACUACGGCGACAAGUCACUCUAUUGCGGCGGAGGCGAGGAGAUGCCCUACGUCUGCUGUCCGAGCAGUCCGUUGGAGAAGAACCAGGUGUGCGGCAAGUCGCUAGUGCAGGGACACUUUUAUAAAGGACUCGGCUCGUAUCCCUUUGUGGCGCGUAUUGGAUUCAAACAUAUAAAUACUGGAGCAUUCGCGUAUCCUUGUGCAGGAUCGGUUAUUGCUCGCCGAGUUAUUCUAACUGCAGCCCACUGCGCUCUGGCCAAGGCCGAUGGUCAUCGUCUCUCAUCGGUGCGCGUUGGAGAGUACGACACCUCUAGUGAUCCGGACUGCGCCAACACCGGCUUCUGCGCCCCGCGGUCAGUGAAUCAUGCGAUCAGCCAUGUUAUCGUUCAUCCCGACUACAAGCAAGGCCAAUAUCAUCAUGACAUUGCUCUGUUGGUGCUUAAAACGCCGCUCAAUUACUCGGUGGCCACACAGCCGAUCUGUUUGCAGAAGACACGCGCUAACCUGGUGGUCGGUAAGCGGGCAACCAUUGCCGGUUGGGGCAAGAUGUCCACUUCGAGCAUACGUCAACCGGAAAUGUCCCAUCUUGAUGUGCCAUUGACCAGUUGGGACCUCUGUCUGCGCAACUAUGGCUCCACCGGUGCCCUCGAGUCACCCAAUUCGAUUGAGGGUCAAUGGAUGUGUGCUGGCGGCGAGGGCAAGGAUGUAUGCCAGGGCUUCGGCGGUGCUCCUCUGUUCAUUCAGGAGAAUGGCAUCUUCUCACAGGUUGGCAUCAUGUCCUUUGGCUCCGACAACUGUGGCGGCUUGCGUAUCCCGAGUGUGUACACCUCGGUGGCUCAUUUCGCCGAAUGGAUACACGAUAAUACGCCUCCAGAAUAAUCCUUGAAAACAUCAGAUGAUAAUGUUUAGUAAGCUAAGCUUGUAAUUAAAGAAUCCAUAAUAUAAUAUUCUAA